GACUUACGGCUUCCUCCGCUGCCUCGCUGUGCCAACAACCCCCCAAAAGUUGUGAUGCUUUUCUUUACACAGUGCUUUGGGGCUGUGUUGGAUCUCAUUCACCUCCGGUUUCAGCACUACAAGGCUAAACGGGUUUUCUCUGCGGCUGGGCAACUUGUCUGUGUGGUGAACCCCACGCACAACCUAAAGUAUGUGUCCAGCAGACGGGCCAUCACUCAGAACUCUGCCGAGCACGGCAGCUUCCACCCGCACCAUCUUCCCCACCACCACCGCCACCACUGUCACCACAGCCACCUGUGCCACCAUGCCCGACCCCGCCACCUACACCACCAGGAGGCCGGGCUGCACAGCGCUCAGGUGACACCCUGCAUGUGCCCACUGUUCUCCUGCCCGUGGGAGGGCCACCUGGAGGUGGUGGUUCCUCACCUGCGGCAGAUCCACAGGAUUGACAUCCUUCAGGGAGCAGAGAUAGUAUUCCUGGCCACAGACAUGCACCUCCCUGCGCCGGCCGACUGGAUCAUCAUGCACUCCUGCCUCGGCCACCACUUCCUGCUGGUGCUCAGGAAGCAGGAGCGGCAUGAAGGGCACCCUCAGUUCUUUGCUACCAUGAUGCUGAUCGGGACCCCGACCCAGGCCGACUGCUUCACCUAUCGCCUGGAGCUCAACAGAAACCACAGGCGUCUCAAAUGGGAGGCCACCCCGAGAUCCGUCCUGGAGUGCGUGGACUCAGUCAUCACCGAUGGGGACUGCCUGGUUCUCAACACCUCACUGGCCCAGCUCUUCUCCGACAACGGCAGCCUCGCCAUCGGAAUCGCCAUCACCGCCACAGAGGUCCGGGCCACAGAGGCGGAGAUGUGAGAUGCCGGAGUCACUGGAUAGCCAUCGCUGCCUGUUUGCGCCUCGGGCGUCCAGAUGUCAGGACCUUUUUAUUCCCCCUUCCUUCCUUUCUUUCUUUUUCGUCUCAGGUAAUUUGUGGUGUUAGUAUUCGUCUGCCAUGGGCAUUAUACUAUGUAAACAUCUGUGAUUUGAGGUCUUGGUGUGGUAUCUGUCCUGUGUUGUUGGUAAAGUUUUGUAGAACCUUUGGGAGAGUCUACCAGAAAAGUUAUUCCCUGCGAAAACCACCAUUACAGAGAAGCAGAGCACUGCAGUUAAAGGGAGGCUGGGCUUCCAAACAGCACCUUCUUCUUCUCUUCAGGCUGUUUUAGGUAGAGCCUAACUUGUCAUGAGGGAGGCCAUGUUUCCAGGGAGAAGACCCAAGCAGCAGUGACCGACAUCUUUCCAGGAGCCUUGGGGUCAAAGCUAAGCUGCAAGAACAUGAGACAGUGUCUCCUCCACACACCCUGGAGGCAACCUUUGUGUUAGAAGCACUCACCCACGCCUGGGCUGGAGACAGUGGUUAGAUUAAAAACCCUCUUUUUUUAUUUUCAGGUUCUCCUGGCCUUAUUCCCUGGCUGUGCCAUUCCCUUUUGCUUUGCUAUUAAAACCCAGAUGUUCUCAGUGCUUUUCUGAACAGCAUCUUGCCUCUGCUGAGAAGCAGGCUAGGUAAGAUGCAGGAGAAAAGCAGCCAGAGAGAAGGCAUCAAAUUAACCUCUAACCUCCGGGAGGGAAGGUGCUCCUGCCUCAGAGAGACCUUCUAAAUGUAGAAGUUAUAAAUCCAUCAGCCCCCUCACUAGAGUAACACCUUUUUGUGUCAGACAGGGAGCCAGCCACUCCGUUCUUGAUGGUGUAUAAAUUACACCCAUCAUCAAACACGGGGACCCCAGAGGGAAGCAAUCAGGUCCUCCAGCCCUGACACACUCUGGGCCACUCUUCAUUCUCUAACAUGCUCUAUGGCCCUGUUCAGUACAUAAAUAUGGCUGCCAAGGAGCCACUUUGGCAUAUGCAGAAGGAAGCCUCACCCUCCACUCCCCACUCCCACAGGCUGCCCUCUCUUGUUUGGUUUUUAGAACCACGCAGCAGCCUCUGGGGGAAGCCUUUCUUACACUCCACCUUCUUUCUGAUCUAACUUGGACACCUUAAAGCCUUCCAUACAGAGCCACUGUGUCCACAACUCAUGGUAUCUGAAUCCAACACAGCUCUCCACGGGGCUGUGUGGGACUUUCUCCAGCUCGUUCCCUUACCUCAGGCACACCAGCUGGGCCUGGUCAGCCUCCAAGUGAACACUUAGUUUCAGGCAGACUGUCCUGGCUGGCCAGCAGCAAUCUUGUCUCCACCAAAAUUAGUUCAUCCUAACACACUACCCUCCCCCCAAACUGGGUGAUUUUUCCAGCCGCUUUUGCUGUCAACCCACACCUGAAGCAUCAAUUUAUAGAAAUACAGAAACAGUUCUUUCCAAUCUCCCAGUCGUCCUGGGACUCUCAGCCUAGGCUUCCUCUCUUAUCUAGGGCCCGAGGAGCACAACUUUGCUCCCAGACGAGCACAAAGAUGAAGCUGUGAGGUGCUAAGGGCCGGUUUGGGUCCUGUGGGCUCUGGGAGCUAUCACACAUGCAGCUCUAGGCCGUUAGCACCCAACCGUGGCUGGCUCAGACCCAAGGCUGCAGAGUCAGCCCCGGGGAGUCAUCAUCUUGUGUGGCUCCUUGCCUGCAACCGAGGACCUCCAUAGCUGUCUACAGGCAUCAGAGGCCACAGUUCCUCUCCUGGUCAUUUGUGACCUCAUAGGUGCCCCAACUAUACAAACACACAACACCUCAAGAAGAAUGCAUUUAGAGCUUACAGGCCUGCUGCAACGCUGCCUUUGCCUUUCUACUGAGCCAAACGAGGAGCAGCUGCAGGCCGUUUUUAGUGCACACUGUAUUAUGAGUCGAUGAUGCCACACAGAUCAGAACGGGGGCUCCUUGAAAUCUUCAGAAUAAAGGUUAGGAAAUGUGUUCUUUUCCUCCAACUACGGUGCUCCCAAGACGGCUUUUCUCUACAAACUAAUGUUUGAAAAACAGAAGACAAAGUGAAUUGGAAAUGGAAGACAGUAAUUAAAAAAAAAAAAAAAAGUGUCUGUUUGGGUGUUAUUGCUACCAAGAGGCUCUUUCUUUUAGUCUUUAGUAAAUCCACAUCACUUUCCUCAAUACACAGGUUCAGAGACACAUCAUGACCUUCUCAAUGUCACACAUCAGACCACAACUAAAACUCAGCUCUCCCACCCCGGACUCAGUGUUCUCAGUACAGGAAGGCGAACCCCCCAGUAUUCAGCAGGGUCCUACUUCAGCAGUGGAUUGGAGACUUGAGAAUAGACUGUCUUUACCCUAGAAUAAUGGGGAGAAUUCGGAGGGAAAGCCUGGAGUGAAAUCUACUUUUAGCGGUGUCUUGGCAACGGGAAGUAAGCUGGUGCCAGGCGGUGGGAGGGAAGAGGCACGUGGAAGUCUUGGUGGCUCCGUGUCCUUUUGUCUCCUUCACCCACUGCCAGGCCUCUUGUUCCUAGAUAAUGGAACCUGGUUGCCUCAUUCACGCCAAGACACUCAAUGAUACCCUCUGAGGAAUAUGUGUGUUUUAUCAGAGGGUCUAGACAGACAGUAGCACUUAAGAGAGAAAUGAGUUGUCUAUAUUUGAACUGGCACUUGUGAGCAGUUUGUUCGGAAGGUAUUUAAAGGGAAACACGCCUCCCCUUGAGUCUCGGCCUCAAUGAAUGGCUGAUGGAGGGGGUUAGCAAUACAGUAAAAAUUGCUCCUAACAGAACGCAUGUGCGCCUGUACCUGGGACAGAUCUAGCGUACCUGGGACAGAUCUAGCGUUCCUGCGGCUGCUGGGGACACAUAGAAAUGGAUCAGGAUAUUUGCCACAGUAGGCCCUGUGGCUGCCACUGACUGGAAGUUUCCUGUGUGACCCGGGGGCGUAAGUACUUGGAACAUAUUAUCCCAUGUAAGCCUCAAAACAAUCCCAUGAAGCUGCUGCUUUGUGUAUGUGUUGUACCUAUGUAACCGAUGAGAAACUGCAGUUUAGCAAACAGUAGAACUGGUUCCACAGUCUAGGCUACUCACCAGCUCCAUCCCUGUCAUUUCUAUGAACUCACGUUCCGGAGUCUCGGAAGGACCCAGCCAUAAAGUCUGAACGGCAUGGAAACCCCUGCUUCAGUAUUUCAGUACUAAAUGUAGCCUUUCGCUUUUUUUUUUUUGUCUCCUUCUCUUCCAGCCCAAGAGCUGACAUGUACUCGGAUUGUUACGUUUUUAGAAUUUUUGUAGGUCUGUUAUUACAAACAUUACUAAAAAUUAACUUAUAUAUAAUCUUACGAAUA